CGGGAGGAGCCCCCAGUCCCCUCACUCUGGGUGUCAGCUUCCCCCCCCCCCCGACGGGAGAUACCCCCAGACUGUCCUAAGCAAGGGGCUACCCGCCCUCUGCUGUCGAUGGUAGAAGCCCCCUGACCUCACCCCGUGGCACGAACCUCUCCCCCCACCUUCCGGCGGGAGAAGCCCCCAGACCCAGGUGGAUUUGAGGUUGUGACCUCAGAUCCCACCUGAGUGUAUCAGCCUCCUGUUCCCCUAAAGCCGGAGAGAGGAUGCAUCUCUGUAAAACAGCAGGACCCACCCGCCCCCUGCAAAGAGGUUUCUUCUGGCUGGUCUCGUUGCUGCUUUCUUCCCUUGUAUGGUUCAUUGCAGUGCAGAUUGGUGGGAGCAACAAUGCAUCAGUAAAGAAAAAUUUGCUCAUCUUUGGUGUGGUGUUCUCUGUCCUGCUCCAGGAAGUCUUCCGAUUUGCCUAUUACAAACUGUUAAAAAAAGCUAAUAAGGGCUUAAUGACUAUAAGCCAGGAGGAAACCAUACCCAUCUCUGUCAGACAGUUGUCCUAUGUGUCUGGCCUGGGUUUUGGGAUCAUGAGUGGAGUAUUUUCUCUUGUGAAUAUCCUGACUGACUCCUUGGGACCAGGCACAGUGGGUAUUUAUGGAGAUUCUCCUCAGUACUUCCUGUCUUCUGCAUUCAUGACUUUGGCCAUUGUUCUGCUGCACGUUUUUUGGGGCAUUGUAUUUUUUGAUGCUUGUGAAAAGAAGAAGUGGUGGGCACUGGCACUAGUCAUCCUGAGCCAUUUGCUGGUAUCAGGUCUGACUUUCCUGAAUCCUCAGUAUGAAGGCAGCCUAGUGCCAUCUUAUAUUAUCAUGAUGCUUAUGGGUACCUGGGCUUUCUUCACUGCUGGUGGCUCCCUUAGAAAUCUGAAACUGUGUCUGAUGUGCAGAGACAAGGACUUCCUUCUAGCCAACCAGCGCUCCAGAUAACCUCUAAGCAUCUGGAUUUUACCCAUCCAUCUCUCUACAUGUGCUUUCACUAAACAACUGGUGCCUUCUUGACCUUUCUUGAAUGCUAAGUUGAGAUAUAUAUGUAUUCCUGUGUAACUUGGCUUCUUUCAAGCAACUGUCUGAACUGCAUAUGUGAGUGAAAUCUCUUUAAGAGUAUCCAAAAAUUAAACAGUUUACAUAUUAGCUGCUGCUUUAUGCACUAAGUUUGGGCUGAGUUAAUAGAACAAAUGAACACAUAUCAAACAUGGAUAGACUCGAUUUAAAACUAAAAGGCUAUCUGCUAACUUCAGUUGUGAAUUACACAUCCACUUUGCUAUAGAGUUAAUAAAGAUAACAUUUUAUUGUGCCACAAUGAACUUCUCGAUGCAGUAAUGAAAAAACACAAUUUUCCUAUGGUGUUUUAGCCAAAGUUAAGUUGUUUCCUAUUUUAAAAAGCUAUAAUAUUUAAUAGUUAGGCUUUCUGAAUUGUUAAAAUAUGUUUUAAAGCAUAGGGCAAUAACUUCUCUGUGUAAAUAUUAGAAAUAUCCCUUCAGGACUAUGUUGUUUGUAUAGUUGAGAUGACACACAAAGGACCAUAACUUUUUCUGACUCCUGAAAAUGUACUCAGGGUAUGUCUACACUACAAAAUUAGGUUGAUUUUAUUUAAGUUGACACUGAGCCUCUGAUUUAAGCAAGUCGAUUCUGCAUGCCCCACUAUGCACAUUGCGUCAGCGGAGCGCAUCCUCACUAGCAGGGGUUGCAUUGAUUCACGGAGCGCUGCACUGUGGGUAGCUAUCCCACGGUGCAUGGAGCCGAAUGGAAUGUUGGGUUGGGCUUGCAAUGCCUCAUGGGACCAAAACAUUUGCACGGGUGGUUAUGGGAACAUGGCAUUAGCCUCCCAUGACGCACUUACCUCCCUCCCUCCCUCCCUCCCUGAAAUCAAUGGCAAACAAACCAAGCCUUUUUUCCUAAGCCUGAAUUACCUGUGCAGACGCCAUAGCAUGGCAAGCAUGGACCCCACACAGCUGUGCACUGUUGUGAGUAUUACAAACACCUCAUGCCUUAUCCUGCAGUAUUUGCUCAGCCAAAGAAGGAGUCACCGUGCAGAACAACGUGAUGCCACUCAAGCAGCCCUGCUUGAAGCCACAGAGUGGAGCAAUUUGCAGAUGCUGGUGCCAGUUGUGUAUCACCUUGACACGGUGGAGUGCUGCUUCUGGGCCCAGGAAACAAGCACUAACUGGUGGGUCACAUAGUUAUGCAGCUAUGGGAUGAGGAGCAGUGGCUGCAGAACUUUUGAAUGCGCGAGGCCACUUUCAUGGAACUGUGUGAAGAGCUUUCACCAGCCUUGAAGUGCAGUGAUACUAAAAUGAGAACUGCUCUGACAGUUGAGAAGCGAGUGGCGAUAGCUCUGUGGAAACUUGCAACAUCAGACUGCUACCAGUCAGUGGGGAAUCAAUUUGGAGUGGCUAAAUCUACCAUGGGGUCUGUUGUGAUCCAAGUUGCCAGGGCAAUCAAUAGAUUUCUGCUAAGAAGGGUAGCGACUCUGGGAAAUGUGCAGGACAUAGUGGAUGGUUUUGCCACGAUGGGGUUCCCUAACUGCAGUGGGGUGAUAGGUAUAUGCGUUCCGUCUAUCUUGGCACCAG